CGCCGCCGCCGCCGCGGGCAUGGCCAAGCCGGCGGACCACGUGAAGCGGCCCAUGAACGCUUUCAUGGUGUGGUCGCGGGCGCAGCGGCGCAAGAUGGCCCAGGAGAACCCCAAGAUGCACAAUUCGGAGAUCUCCAAGCGGCUGGGCGCCGAGUGGAAGCUGCUGAGCGAGGCCGAGAAGCGCCCCUUCAUCGACGAGGCCAAGCGCCUGCGGGCCAUGCACAUGAAGGAGCAUCCGGACUACAAGUACCGGCCGCGGCGGAAGCCCAAGACGCUCCUCAAGAAGGACAAGUUCGCCUUCCCGGUGGUGUCCUACGGCUUGCCCGACGCCUCCGACCCCCACAUCCACCCCCUCGGACCGCAUCACCCGGCGCUCAAAGCUGGCGCCCUCCACGGCCACGAAGCCCUGCUGGCCAACCCGGAGAAAGCUGCCGCCGCCGCCGCGGCAGCCGCCCGCGUCUUCUUCCCUCCCUCCGCCGCUGCCGCCGCAGCGGCCGCGGCAGCAGCGGCGGCGGGGGGCAGCCCUUACUCGCUGCUCGACCUGGGCUCCAAAAUGGCAGCGGAGAUCUCCUCCUCGGCGGGAUCCGGUGGCGGCUCGGCGGCCGGACUGCCCUACGCCGCCUCUUCGCUGGCUUACCCGACGGCUGGAGGCGCUUUCCACGCCGCCGCGGCUGCAGCGGCCGCCGCCGCGGCCAGUGGGGGCCACAGUCACUCGCACCCGUCCCCCGGCAACCCCGGCUACAUGAUCCCUUGCAACUGCAGCGCCUGGCCCAGCCCGGGACUCCAGCCGCCCCUGGCCUACAUCCUGCUGCCCGGCAUGGGUAAACCUCAGCUGGACCCUUACCCGGCGGCGGCCUACGCCGCGGCCCUAUGACAAUCAGCGCCCUGAGGAGGAGCCCGGUGCCGAGAAGAGCCGGGCGAUCUCGCGGGGCCCGGACUGCAGCCCCAAGUAGAGCGCCGGCCGUCAUUCCCGCUCCGCCUGGCUCUCCACGAGAAGCCCGCAGCCUGGCGCUUGGCUCGCCCUCUCUGCAGCUCCGGAGCCGAGAACGGAAGCCGGCAAACCGCCGGGGACCUCUCCCGGCUUGCUCCCCCGGCAUGGCUGGUGGGGUCGAGACGUCGCUGCUUCCUCGAAGUUUUCUUUCCCGGGAAGAUCCCGCCUGCCACUGCAGGACCCGGUUCCGACGACCUUGGGAGUUGCUUUGCUUUCCGUUCCAUUCCUCAUCCCGCCCGCUUUCCUCUCCUUCGCCCCCCAGACCCACGUCCUAUCCCGACCCGCAGUUCCGAGUAUGUACUAGCCAAGUCCCCGCACCUCCGUCCCAACAUAGUCGCGAGGUUUUCCUUUCAAUCGGUGUUUGGAUGCUACUGAGCAAAAAGAGAGUUUGCAUCCGCCUCCGCACAAAGAAGCAGAACCCUUAUACAAGACAGUCGUAGUUAAGGAGGCGUUUAAUCCUCCCCAGAAGAGAAGCCGGCUACUGGCUCUUCUUCCUGCCAUCCACAUAUCUCACCUGAAGUUUGUAAAAUGUAUACCUGUCCGUGAGAACUUUAGGUCUAAGGCUAUAUUAUUUGAAAACUGUGGGUUUGGGUUUUGGCUGUGAUCCUACGCCCACGUUGGCUCGCUGCUAGGGCUGGCUGCCUUCAAAGGGACUUGCUUCCCAAUCAGACGAACGAAGAGAGGCUCA